AUAUAGUGUGCGGGCCGCUAUAGACACGCGGAAAUCCGACACGACGCUGAUAAUCGGAACGGAUUUCGCUACGAUCGAUUUCGGCGAUUUCUCGUACUUACCUCGUCAGUGCAGUACGCAAAAACUCGAAUACCAAUACCAAUACGAUAUUUAUAUACAUAUAUAUAUAACUAUACGCAAUAAUAACCAUAUCAGACUCGCCGAACGCGAGUGGAUAACACAGCGAAUAAGACCGUCGUGAAAACAUGACGUCCCCUGUCGGGCCGAUCUGCAGUCCACGCUAUUUUUGUCUGCUAUUGGUGUCGACGUGCUAUUAUUAUGGUGUAACUACGGCCAUCACAGUGGUCGAUCACGUGUCCAAGGAUCGAUAUGCAGCCGGAGGCAGCGAUAGGGACACCGUUGGCGACACGCACUUGCGAGAGAAAGCGGAAGACGAGGAUGCGGAAAACAAACAUUUCAUGGAUGUUUAUUCGUUGCAAAGCGGACCCCAACAAUUAGAAUUUGGACACGUGUUCGAGGAUCCAAAUGUCUGGGAACAGAGGUACGAGAAAAAGGAUUUCGACGCUCAACGGUACCAAGGAAAAGUGAAAUGGGGUGACAAAGACGGCAGUUACGGUGAACAGUACUGGGACUUAAACCACGGCGGCGCUGAUGAAUUAUCCAACGAAAACGAAAAAAACGAUCAGUACGAAGAACCUGCCCAAAUCGAAUACGGACAGGAGAGCCGUCAGAGACCCGUAAUUUAUAAGCCAAUGACGAUUACACUCCUUAAGAAUAAAUCCAAGAAACCCGUUAAAAGUGUACGGAACUAUCCAAAACGAUUAGCAGAACCAUCAGCAGCGCCGACAACUAUAGGAAGCUCUACUAAAAAAACAGCUCCUGUUUUAGUUUUUGACAUGAAGACUGGAGUGGUUAUGGACGAAGCCACGGGAAAUAAAUUCAUUUUGAAACCAAUUAAAAAUUAAUAAUUUAUCUAAAAUAUUAUUUUAUUUUAUACAUUUUACGAUAAAAACUAGAGAUAACUACAUGGGUUAUUAAACUUUGUUUUUAUAUACACAACUAACUAAAGCUUUUUUUUUUAAUAUGCCUAUUCUUUAUAAAUUUGUUUUAUUAAACUCUUAAAUUAAUGUUAUUUAAUUAAUUAAUUUUAUAAAAUAUUUAUGCUUCAGAACACGUAAAAAAAUAAAAUGUAACAAGUUUAAGGAAAACAAAUAUAUAGGAUAAGUAAAACAAGUAGGAAUAAUUCUGGCAGUACCUACCUAAGUAAAAUGUAAUUAAUAAACCAAAAAUGAUUU